AUGCCCUGCGGCCCUGCGGCCCGGCGCGCAGGCCUGAAAUGUGAGCUGUGCUCUCGAGGAUAUUACUGUGCUGGGGGACGACCUCAGUGGGCUUCAAGGAUUCCCUGUGCCAAUGGUGAAACGACUCUGUCCAAGGGAUCAGCUUCCAGGGACGCGUGUAUUUGUGCGAAGGGCUUCGAACCCAGUGGAGCGGAUGGCUGCACGGCUUGUGCCGUUGGGUCUUAUAAGGAUUUCGAAGGCAACGACGGGCAGUGCAUUGUGUGCCCAGAAAAUUAUACAACUUAUGCAGUUGGUGCAAUUUCAAACUCUUCUUGUUAUGAAGAGACGCCUGUAGCGGGCAGUGGCAGUGGCAGUGGGGAUUUGCAGAGCUCAGCAACAGUCCCGGCAAUUUCUUUCAGCUUUUCAAUUGGACAAAUUCCAGCCACUGAAGAUCCAGAGACACUUCGCGCACAGCUCAUUGACAUGUUCCUGACAAGUUUGGCUGCCUCCACCGGAGUCGAUCCUUCGGCCAUUGAAAUUGACUUUGGAAAUCUUUUCGGCCGACGGCUUGGAGAUUUGGCACCGGAUAUUUUUGAGUCUCGGCGGCUCUUUGAUCUGUCAGACAUCGUCAUUACCAUCAACACGCGAUCCGAUGCCGAAGCGCAGACAACUGCUGCGGACUUGUCAGUUCAAACGUUGAACAAUGAAAUCGCUGGUGCAGUGCAAUCCAAUCCGACAUUGUCCAGCGCCGGCAUUCAGCUGAACAUGACUUCUGCACCGGAGACCAAGUAUGUGACGGUCACUUGUGCUCGACAUCGCUCAAUACCUCCAGGUUUUCCAGUCCAGAGUGCGGCUGACUGCCAGUGCAGUCCUGGUUAUGGAUAUGAUCCGACCAGCGACUUUUGCACUGCAUGCCUCAAAGGUGAAUACAAGGCCGACAUUGCCAAUGCCGUUUGUACCAGAUGUGGGGCACAAAGAUCCACAGUGCAGACAGGCUCAAACUCGAGCCAAGACUGCAAAUGUCAGGAAGGGCUCUAUGAUGAUGACAUGGGCUCCUGCACUACGUGCCCCGAGGGCUCCUAUUGUACCGGAGAUGGGCAAAAAGUAUUGUGCCCCAACAAUUCCACCACCACGAAUCAAAGAAGGGCAAGAAGUGAUUGUAGUUGCAAACCAGGCUACUUUGCUGUCAGAACAUUUUACGCUGACGGAUCUCAAGAGACUGAUUGCCAACCUUGCCCGCGCAAAAGCUACAAACCGAAUCUUGGGGAUGGGGAGUGUCCGCUCAAGUGCCCUGCGAAUGCCAACAGUGAACUGGGCGCAGUUACACUGGCCGAUUGUUUCUGCGAACCCAAUUUCUAUGCAAGCAUUGAUAGCAACAGCGGGCAACUUGAUAAAUGUAUUCUCUGCACCUUUGAAGGCCUUGACUGCAGAGGUGGCUUUGAGAAUCAGACUAAUCACACUGCGACUUCUGGGCCAGGGGUUCAUGCCUUGCCUAUAGCCCAGCCUGGCUUCUUCCAGACAGGGCUGACGACGGCCACAUCGUGCGACGUUCUCAUGCCGGACGGGUCUUCAGCCUGCAUGGGUGGUCAAGGCUGCGUCUCGCAACGGCUUGGCCUGCAAGCUCCAGCCGGUUGCCACGGUCCCUUUGGCAAUGGAUGUGGAACCGGCUCCGCUGGCGUUCUUUGUGGUCACUGCCCAGACGGUUAUUCGCGUGAUAGCUAUCCAGACUACUGUCAGAUCUGCCCUGACGACCCUGGAAGUGUGCUUGCAGAAAUUCAGCCGUCCAAGCGGGCCCAGAGGCACCUCACGGACGAACAAAAGGAGGAAUAUGCCAUAGGACUGGCCCGUGAAGGUUUUGACAAGAAAGCCUGCACCGCCCUGCUUUCGCAGGGGCUUUGCCCAGAGACGCCUGAGAUUGUUGCUGCCCUGCGCCUGCUGCAUCCGACGUCCCCAGCCCCCUCGGUGCCUCCAUUGCACGAGCUGCCCAUGGCCCCAGUGCUAGACGUCGAGUGCGUCAGCAAAGCUCUUCGGAGCUUCCCUGCCGACACGGCGCCUGGCCCUACCGGCCUGCGGAUCCAGCAUGUGCGGGACGCCCUGGGGCUUGGUGCGGGAGAUGCUCUCAUGGACCAGUUGACGGCGGUGGUUAACCUGCUCGUGCAAGGGCAUGCAUGCAGCAGCAUCAUGCCUUUGCUUGCUGGGGCGGGGCUGGUGGCAUUACCUAAGCCAUCCAAAGGUGUGCGUCCAAUUGCUAUUGGAGAGCUCCUGCGCCGCCUGACGGCCAAGUGCCUCAUGCAUGAGGUGGACUUCCGGAAUGCCUUCAACACCGUCAGUCGUGACGUGGUGCUACGAGAAGUGCGGCAGCACUUCCCUGCCUUGGCCCGCUGGGCAACCUGGUGCUACCAGGCAGCCAGCACCUUGCAGUUUGGCAGUGCUCUGGGAACGCUGCAGCAAGCUUCUGCCAACCUGGGGCUGACUUUGAACCUUGACAAGAGUGAAGCUAUUGCAGUUGGAAGAACCAGCUCUGCCGCCUUGGCGGCGCACCUGCCUUCUGCUUUGCUCACUCAACCUGAUGGGGUGAGCCGUGUUUUGAGGGACUUUGAAUUUCUGGGUGCAGCCAUUGGACGGCCUGCUUUUUUGGAAGCACACGCCGCCAGCCGUGUUGAAGCUGCCAGCAAGCUUCUGGACGCUGUUGGAGAACUUCCUGAUCCUCAAGUCGCCUUGCGGCUGCUCCGGGCCUCAGCGGGCUUUGCCCGCCUGGUGCACACCAUGCGGUGCUGCCCUCCUGCAGGACACAGCCAAGCCCUCGGGAAAUUUGACCAGCUCGUGCAAACUUGUUUCAGCACUUUCAGCGGUCUGCACCUUGAACCUAGCCAGUGGGAGCAGGCCACCCGUGGCUUGAGCCAUGCUGGCCUCGGACUUCGCUCCACCCGCCAGCAUGCCGCUGGUGCCUACUUGUCCUCUGUGGGCGGAUGUGUUGACCUCUGCGGCGACUUGGACAGCGGCUACUGGGUGGACCACUCCGGGGACAUUGCUGCCGCUUUGUCCGACCUGAAUGCCGCCCUCCCCCCAAACCAACAAUUGGCGGCCACCACGGCCUUGGCCCAUACGCAAAAGCAGCUCAGCAACUUGGUGGAUGAGGCAGGCUGGACAUCGCAACUUGCCGGCGCCUCGGCCGUUCAAAAAGCCACUCUCCUUUCUGAAGCAGCUCCUGGUGCCAGAGCGUUUCUCACUUGUGUCCCAAGCGGGCGCACCAAGAUGGAGCCUGCCCUCUUCCUUGCGGAAGUGCGUGUGCGGCUUGGUGUGCCUGAAGCCAGCCAAGAUGCUUGGUGUCCCAAGUGCGAUGCAGUCCUCGACACCCAUGGGCAUCAUUCUGGCAUGUGCCUAGCUGGCGGGGAGCGCGUGCUUCGGCACAACGCGCUCCGCGACCUGGUCUACAGCUGGGCUGAGAGGGCGUGCUUACGGCCUGAAAAGGAACGGGCUGGGCUUCUGCUGCCCCAACGGCCAGAUGACGUCAGCAGCGCCCGCCGCCGACCAGCCGAUGUAUACCUUCCCUCUUUCCUUGGUCGUCCAACUGCACUUGACUUUGCCGUCACGGCACCUCAGCGGUUGGACGUUCUUGGAGCCAGGGGAGCCACUACAGCUGCUGUGGCUUAUGCUGACCACAAGCGCCGACAUCUCGACACUGCGGCUGCAUGCGAAGCCCAGCAAGUCGCCUUUUUGCCGAUGGUGGUUGAGACCACCGGGGCUUGGGCCCCCGAGGCUGCCAAGGCAUUGGGGCACAUUGCUCGCUGCGUUGCUGCAGGCACUAUGGCAGACCCCGCUGCUGCGACCUUGCUGCAGCAGGCAUGCGUCCUGGUGCGAUCUUGGCGGGCCAGGGCGGCCUUGCGCCGCAGGGCUUUGGGAAUUGCGUCGGACCUCAUUCAAAAGGCCUUCAUGAACUUUGUGGUGGCUGUGAUGGCUGCCACGACUGCGGUGAAAGGGGGUGUGAAGCUUCACACCAGCAUCAUUCGUAUCGGCUCGCAAUGGAUAGCAGCUUGUUCUGUCCUCCUAGAGUUCAAUCUGGACCAACUCAAAAGCUUUGCUUGGUCAGAGGACGAGGAGGAGAUGAAGCAAUUGCAAGAAUGCGCUGAUGCAAAUGCCACUGCAUGCAACACGGAUUCGGAGGGGCUGAAAAUGCCUUGGCCUCCAGAAGCCACGCAAGCGAUGCAGAGCCUCUUUUCGGUUUUGAACGUCGUGCCGCGAAUCGCCACGGUGGAAUUCGCAACGAGCUGUUUUGCUCAAACCAUCGUGCAGAAUAAAGAGAUGAAAGGUUUGAAGCUGAUGGGUCCUGCGGUGUACUACCUGACAAACCCCAUUUUUGCGAUGGUCAGUGUGUAUCUCGUGUGUGCCUCUGUGGUUUAUGGCUUGGUUCCUUUGGCCAACAAGUUUGGCGUACACUUCAAUCCCAAAGCAAAGCGACAGAAGGCAACAAGAGCUGCCAUUGAGAAGCUGUCCAUGUGUUUGGAACCACUGUUGCCCGGCCUUGGACUCACUUGGGAAGACGUCAAGGAGUCCGGGGUGCUAGAAACAGCAACCUUGGAGAGCAUCGAGGAUGGCAUUGAAGCUCCUCAUGAAUUCAUCGAGGGAGAGCUAGCCUUCUCAAAACCCCUGGCUAUAAAGAUGUGCCUACAACGUGCUCGCAGUGAAUCGUAUUUGGCGACUCUUUCGAGGCGGAUUCGGCUGAACUGGGAUGCCUUCACUGCCAAGCCUGAGCUGCUGGUGUGGGGAAUGACACCAGAAAGCUUGCAGGAAACAGCCACACAGCAGUUGAGUCCAAGCGAACUGGAGACAUUUGCGAAGCGGGCCCUGGUGUGGAAACAUCGAGCUAUCGUUCAAGAGGAAGCUGAGCUGGCCGAUGUGGACCCGUUGGAAGUUGCAGCAAAGGUGGCAGAUUCUUACGACUCCGCAGCGGACCUUUACCAGAGGGUCUUUGCCGGCGAGCAAACGGAGGCCUUCACAGCAUUAUGCAGGGCAACAUGCGAUGCAGUGAGGCGACCACUUCUACAGGGAUCCCACAGCAAACACACGCUGGUCACGGAGGGUCAGCUUAUGUCACGCACGACUGUGGAUAUCGAAACUCUCGACUUCGGCCUGUUCUCAUCUCGACCGUUGCCGCGGAGACUGUUCGUUGAAUGUAUCCCAGUUUUUUGGGUCAUGCUUCUGUCUAUGUGGCCAACCUUGCUGUCCAACUUCUUGAAACUGCUCUGGUGCGUGCCGAUUUUGGAGGACAAUGACGCAGGGAUCACCAUCACAAAGCAGCGACUAAAGCCUGAUCCGGAAUUGAUCUGCUGGAGCCGGGAUCAUUUUCUGGUUGCAAUCAUGUGCUUCAUUGGGCUUUCAGUUUGGUGUCUUGGUGUUCCCAUCCUGCUGUAUUUGAAUAUUUGGGCGAUGAAAGACAGACAGAGCCCGGACAACAACCGAAAGUAUGGCUUCUUCAUUCAGGGCUACGAGCCACAAUUUUGGUGGUGGGACAUCAUCGUCAAGCGUUUGGAUGUUGGCACGAUGAAUCUGGUGACCUACACUAGCCUGGCAGCUGAUGAAAAGGCGAAGCUCUUGCUGUUUCCCAUCCUUUCAGGUUGCCAGCUGGGAAUCUUUUCCUGGUACAAGCCAUUUACAGAGGCGCAAGGUCGCAUUCUGGAUGUGCUGGAAAUGACCCUGCUGAUCACGAGGUUCAGCCUUUUCAGUGUGGUCUCCAUCAUUUUGAUCUUCAACCCAUCGACCACGGUCACAAUGGUCCUGGCGGGCUCGCUGGUCUCCUUGAUGGCAUUCACCUGUGCCUUCUUUGGGCUUCACAUCGUGGCACAGUUUCUCAGAGGAGCAGCAGAAGACAUGGCCCAGGAGAAAAAGGAGCAGGAAAAGAGCCCCAAAAAGAACAAAAAGGAGGGGAAAUCCAUGGCCAACCUUGCAGGCGUGCGCCUAGGGGUUGAAGCCUCCACCCAUCUCCACCUCACGGCCCGUUUCAGCAUUGUCCAAUUGUCUGAUCUGACGGCCCUGGCAGUCUCGAUCAAGAACUUUGCUAUUCACACCGCCUUGCCGUUCUUUCUGCCCAGUGACGAUGAGAAGUUCCUUCUGCAGUGGUCUCCUCAAAUGACCGACGUUGAAGUUGUGAGCGCGGCACAGAUCAAGGCAGAGCAGGUUAGUGCAAGACGGCGUCGCUGCACUCGUUUGGUUUCUGUGUGCAAGCAACUUCGGGCUCUCGUGUUACGCCUUGGCCCCUCUGUGGAGCGACAAAACUUCGCCAAGGCCAUCUCCGAGUUUAGCGCACUUUGGCUCGAUUCCUUUGACCAGGCGACCCUACCGAUAGACACCAUCUAUGUGCUUCUCAUCCUUGCGGAAACCUCUGGCUACAUUCCCACCCAGACCCCCCUGGCUGAAACUGCUUCGCAGUGGCACCACCACGCCCGCAGCUUCAUACAUGGUGAGCAGCAUGGCAAGUUUCUGUCGGCCGACAACUUGGUGGAGGCACGCGUUCGACUACUGAAGCUUGGGGCAGAGGAUGCCGUCAAUCUGGUGCCGAAGCUGCACUUGGUAAAGCCUGGAGAGGUCUGGAUUUCUUGA